CUUUUUCACUUCAGUUGCCUAAAAGCCAGUGAGGUGGAAGGUGCGCGGUCAUCGGUCGUGCUGAACCAUAUACGAGACGCUCUUAAAUUUUGACAGGACAAUUUUUUAUCGCUUGACCCUUUCUUGAAUGGAACAUAAAAUGAUUUCAUGGCUUAAAUAUUUUUAUCCGUAUCCUUAAAAGGAAGUAAUUUGUAAAUUAGAUGCUAAAGGUUCGCACUAGUUUGGCGAGAGUCUGGAGCAUCCAUAAUCCUUCGGAGCUGCUGUGUUGACCAGCCGCGCGAUCAACAUUCAAAGGAAUGCCUCUGCAGUCAUUGUAGCCUCGAGCUUCCCGCUAUUUUCAUUGCGGCUUCGUUCUCAUCAUACAAGACGACUUCUGAUCUCGCUUCUGCCGUGCUGGCUCAUCCUGUGAAGUACUCAAGCCCCUUGUCUCCACGCGUGGAAUACUGCAAUAUAUCGCCAAAAAAAUGAUAAUCCAACUUAUAUAAAAUGUUUAUACAAUGUCAAUAUAAGUUUUAAAACACUCGUAAUUCGCAGCUACACUCGGCGUAUAUUUAGAAGGCCCUGAAAGUCUCGGUUAGUACUGCAACCCAGCAACCAUGCCUGCUAAAGUGAAGAAGACCAAGAAGAAGAGGCGCAUGACAGGCCUGCUGGCGUGUCUGGGUGGAUGCGGCGGCAAGAUGCCACGGGAUGACUUCGAAGAUAUCACCACGCUCGACUUCAGACACUUUUCACUCACGGAGGUGCCGUCAGACGUGUUUGCUUGUGAGCGAACCCUCGAAACGCUCUACCUUGACAGCAACCAGUUAUCGGAGCUGCCACGGGAGCUGUUCCUGUGCCACGGUCUGCGCGAGCUGAGCGUGAGUGACAACGAGCUGUCGAGCGUGCCUGCUGCUGUGGCCAAUCUGCCCGUCCUCGCCUCUUUGGACAUAAGCAAAAACAAUUUGAGCAACAUCCCUGAGAGCAUCAAGAGCUGUCGGGAGCUGGCUCGUGUGAACGUCUCAGUGAACCCGCUGUGCAAGCUGCCUGAGGGUUUCACGCAACUCAUCGCUCUCAAGGAACUCUACCUUAACGAUACUUUCCUCGAGUUCUUACCUGCGAACUUUGGUCGGCUGGUGAGCUUGGAGGUGCUGGAGCUGCGAGAGAACCAACUUAAUACACUGCCUAAAAGUCUUGCCAGGCUCACCAAACUACGAACUCUGGACAUUGGCAACAACGAGUUCUCACAGCUGCCGGAAGUGGUGGGUUCGCUUGCGAGUCUCCAGGAGCUUUGGUUCGACAGCAACAAAGUGCGCUGCAUUGCGCCCUUCCUGGGCCAGCUGAGCGAGCUCACCUACCUCGACGGCUCCAGCAACAGAAUCGACAGCCUGCCUGAUGACAUACAAAACUGCAAGAAACUUACAGAUCUUCACCUCUCAGAGAAUCAUCUCAAGACCAUACCGGACACUCUGUGCGAGUGUAGCAGCCUCGAGGUGCUGCGGCUGGACGACAAUGCCUUGUCUUGCCUGCCCAGCAACAUCGGCAGCCUCAGCCGCCUCACCGAACUCGUCGUCACUAAAAAUGAUAUCGAGGAACUGCCACCGUCAGUGGGCCUGCUCCGUAGCCUGCACACUCUGCAUGCAGACGACAACAUGUUGGAGUCAGUGCCGAGUGAGCUUGGCUCCUGCAGUCGUCUGGCCGUACUCACACUCGCCUCCAACAAACUGCAGGCGCUGCCUCCUGAAAUUGGACACCUCAGCACCCUCAGAGUCCUGAACGUGUGCGACAACAGCAUCAGGAACCUGCCUGUGUCUUUCUCUAAACUCAAGUUGCGUGCGCUGUGGUUAUCAGACAACCAAGCCAAGCCGAGCGUGCAGCUACAGACGGAGACGGAUCCUACGACGGGACAGAAGGUCCUGACGUGCUUCAUGUUACCUCAGCAUCCCAGCCAGCGUGAGACAGAAUCUGAAAAGAAGAAGGACGAAGAGCCUUUCCCCAUGGCGACGUGGGAGGAGAAGCACAGAGCUCGCAGCCUCAUCAAGUUCUCGUUCGAUGAAAACGAACUCAAGACCGGGGCCAAGUUAUCACGCGCCCCCACGCCUUAUCCUAAAGAGCUACGCGCGCUUGCGAAGCAUGCGAAGUCGGUGGUUGCAGGCAGCAAGGCCCUUGAGGGGGAGGUGGUGCUGGGGCGUCGAGCCUCCCACGACCCCGACGUGGCGUCCAAAAAGCCUGGCGCCCUGGCGGAGGACAACAAGAGGAAGAGCGCGCCGUGCGUGCUCACGCCGUCUGCUCAACGCCAGCAGGAGAGCUCAGCUGUCACGGCGCAGUAUCAUGCUGCUGUCGCUGACAAGACUUCUGUGGACAUCAACGAUGCUGUUGUAAAGACGGCUAAUAAAACGAGCCCCAGCAGCGUGAUGGAGACAACCGCCGCCGCGUCCUCUGCCUUCCCUAAAGACGGCUUCGUGCCGGCCGCGGCAGGGCACGAAGAACACAAAGAGGGUCGCACUACAAUACAAUCACAGACUUCAGCGGAUACGAAUCAGGCUCUUGCAUCUGCCCGAGGCUCAUGUUCCCCCGUGUCAACGCUGAAUAAUCGCGUCACUGCGUCCUCGGUUCCAAGCACGACUCCGGAGCUAUCGUCUCCCGUUACUUCGUCUCCUUCAAAGGCUGCCUUGUCAAUUGGCUUAUCGGCCGUGACCGCCACCUCCUCGACUUCGGUCGUCACGCUAUCUAAAGCCUCGUCUGUGACGACCAGUCCGAGUCAUGACAUGAGCGACGAUGACGCGACGGCUGACGUGCUCGCCGAGGCCCUGGAGCUCGCAGACCGUGUAGCUGAGGCUCCUUACAAGAACUCUGCCACCGAGGAUGCCGCAGAUCAGAGCAGCACAGACAGCGGCUACUGCAGACCUUCUCACCCGACGAGUUCUCAGUGCGACCUGAGCGACCAGAGCAGCGAGCUGAUCUCGCCCACUCCGUCGCUGCCGUCCGAGACUGUCAGUCCGAAGUACUCAGGCAGCCGACACGGCAGCUUGUCUCGUGCUUCUCCUGCUCUUAGUUAUGAGGGCUCCCCUGCGCACUCUCAGCAACCAAACAUUGUUAAUCCUAACGUGCAUCAUGGUCUAGCUUCGUCAGCUUAUACCGUGAACUUGCCUGCUAAUCCUCCCUCAUCACAGUUCAAGACGGUUCCCUCUCCAUCUUCUGUAAUGCCACUCUACCCUGCCAUGUCACCCCAUGAAUUGCCCCUGAAAUCUCCUGCCAUUGUAUCUAGCUCAGCCCUUCAAGACCCGACCGCCGCUUCAACAAACAUUGACGGUAGUUCUUGGUCCAGUAGUAGGACCACCUCGCAGCUUGGGGAAGUUCCAGAAGAGCUUCCGACAUUGCCGGUGAUAGGCUCCCCGCACCGUUCAGGCCAGGUGCCCUGUCAGCCGCGCCCUGGGUCCUUGGCCCUCGCCAGUCUCGCUGACAGCGGGGUACUGAGUGACCGCGCGGGAUAUCUUGCUCGUCCAGGUUCUUUGGCGGCGCCAUGCAACACGUUGGGCAUUCCUCCAGCUCCUCCUACUCGUGCCGUGUCGGCAGCCACAGGACUUAAUCAUACUAACCGACCUCCUAGUGAAUAUGACUCGGCCAACACUGCUAGAUCUCCACAUUCCAGUGAACUUCACUCGCCGGCGCACCACUUUGCCAGUUCGGUGUCAAGUAGCCCUUAUGCUCCAGUAAUUGGUUCCAAGAUACCGAGUAACACAAGUACACAUCGAUAUGGCGACUGUACUUCUCCACCAAACGCUGGAUACUCAGUUUCAUCCGGCGCCAGCCGUGGCAAGCAAUCGGCAUCUCGUAUUCCCACGAAUAGACAAUCGUCGUCCACGUUAGUUGGAGGCUCGAAUGACACUUCCAGAAUUCCGUCUUAUAAUUCACCCCACAUUGCAAAAUCUGCGAAUGAUGGCUCUAAAAUCGCUCACCCAGGAAACUUUGGAGGCGCUGUGGGCAUUCAGUCUCACGCGUCUGCUGGUCGGAGUUACAGCAGCCUCAGUACAAAAUCUAAUAUUUCGUAUACUUCAUCAUCAGGUGAACAGCACUUGUAUAGAAAUACACCCGCCGAUUCCCGUCUCCCUGUCGAUAAAGAAUCGCGUAUUCCAUCGGUUUUAGACGUUCACCUCAGCAAUGGCAAUCGAGGGCCUCAUGUUCCGUCUGCUCCUGGUAGUCGCAUUUACUCUCCCUCUGCAACAUCCCCUCCUGCAGCUUCUCCCCAUCCGAUGUCCCCUCCUGCAGCUUCCCAGCACCAGAUAUCGGGUACGCCUGGUACUCGGAGUGGCACCGGUAUCCCGAUGCCGGGCUUUACUCGAUCCAACAGCGGCACGAAGCUGAAGGACGCUCGUGGCACCGCUGCUAACGUGGAUAAAUCUGGCAUUGCUACGAACGGUGGCAGCAAAUCUCACUUGCCUCUCUCUCCUAAUUCAUCCUUCGACUCAGGCUACAGAGCGGCUCCUCUCAGUAGAAUACCCAGUGUUGGGAGCUACAGCGUUACGGGUGCUCCGCUGUCCCCCGUAAACGAGGCCAUCAACACCUCGGGCUUGCCGCCCCCACCGCCGUCAGCAGAGCGACCGAGCGGCCUCCAGCAGCCCAAGAUCUCCUCGAGGAUUCCUCAGAUGGGAGCUCCUGUCGCUGCGUCAGGCCAGAGGGGGGCCAGAAGCCCCCCCAGCACAGGAGACCAGGGUCCUCCGUCAGCUCAUCCACCCAGCAAAGCUCGGUCCCCGGGCUCGGGCUGGAUGUUCGGCAGCCACCAGAAUGCCCGCGUGUUCCCAGUAAUCAUCGAGAAGCAGCCAGCGCCCGGGUUCACCAUAGGCCUGCUCUCUGAGCCUGAGAAGGUGGUGGUGGUGACGUCAGUAGAGCCUGGAGGUCCAGCGUCAGCAGCGCUGGCGGCAGGUGACAAGCUGCUGCAAGCUGACGGUGAGACGCUGACUAAUGCACCAUCGCAUCUGCUCAGCGCCCUCAUGGCCCCCAACGGUGACACUCUCAGCCUGCUCGUCAGCCGCGCCCCCUGACCCACCCAAGCCUCCAGACCCACCCGCGUCCCCUGACCCAUCUUUCGCCCUCUGACCCACCCGCGUCCCCUGACCUAUCUUUGCCCCCCAGACUCACCUGGUCCAACUGACCCAUCUUUCGCCCUCUGACCUACUUGGGCCCUCUGACCCACCCAUGUCCCCUGACCCACCCGCUACCUGACCGAGCUGCUCUGGACGCCCCCCCCCAUGACCGAGCUGCUCACCCUACCUUACACUCUCACGGUUCCCAGACUCACUGAUCUCAUGUCUGCGUACUCAUACUCUGAUCUUGUUUAAUCGUCGGCUGUACAGGUCCUGUUAGUGGGAGUAAUUAGGAUCAUGUUCAAAUAGGAGAAUCUGUCACUGUUUGUAGCCAUUUUCAGUCUCAAAUAAGUUUUAGACGUCAGUAGUACCAAUAUCUGGUAUCUGCGCUCAGCAUGAAUUACGGUAAUGCCCAGCAUUCCUGCAUCUAGCUCCAUCAGCUGUUCGGUUAAUAAUGUUAAUAUUAUCUCUGCCUUGUUAUUGUAGUGUUACUAGUGAUGCUGCAUGCAUUAACAUCAGACUUGGUGCUGCUAAAUUUGAUGCAAUAGUUCUCGCCGUGCAAACAUUUUGGCGAGGAUGUUUUUUUUUUUAUUUCCCUCAUGCUGACCACGGUCCCCUCACUCCGUAAACCCUCGAUACUCUGUCCAGUAACUCGCCAUAACUUGUUAAGUUAUAAGUUUAUGUGUUCCAGUAAAACUUAAGUUGAGUUCUAUGGCUCCACCUUCACCGCAAUAAUAGAUGCUAAAUGUAUUGAACACUAGCGCACUUAAAUUUCUCUUAUAAUGCUUAAGCUUUUUUUAUAAUAUUAAUGGACAGUCAUCAGUCAAUGAACGGAGACUAAACUCUACUUUCAACGGCUGUUUUCCAGCAUAUGAUCUCCGGUAUCUGUGUGUAAUUUUAAUCGCUAGUCUUUUUCAAUAUUGCCCACAUUAUUAUUAUUAUAUUUUUAUCCUGAGUUCCUUCCUUAUAUUUUUAUUUUAUCCAUCAGGCUGGAAGGGAUCAUGCUAAUUCCAAUCAAAUCUCCAAGGAGCAGCUCUAAGACCGAUAAUUGCUAUUAAUUGUCAAUCGAAUGUGUUUAAACGAACCUCGUCUACGUUACCUCAUUUGGUUGCCGCUUGACGUUCCUGAUUAGCGUCUGAUGGCUAAUUUUGAGCUAAUUAUGUGUGCGGUUAUCGACCAAAUCACUACUAACGUUACUCAAUGUGAGUCGCAAAUUCUAAAAAAAAAUCUAUUUAAUUCCAACUCGUCACAUAUUUAUGAGCAUUUUUGCAGUCCCCGUUUUGAAACUUUAACGAUGUGAAGCUAUAAGUCUGAAUGGCUGGCGCUCGCACUGCCGGCUCGUAGCACAGCGCCAGUGAAGGCUCUGUGUGUACAGAUAUUUGAUUUAACUAAUAUUAAGGCCUCAAUUAAGCCGCACCGAGGCUGAACUGUAACAUUUAAGCAUUCCAGUUAGUGCGUGCAGUCAUUAGUGUAAGCUAACUAAUGUUUUACUUUAUGGACGCCUGUACUUAUGAUUGAAAGGUAUUUUAUUAAUAUGGAGUAUUUGAAGGGACGGUUUCUUUUAUUUUAUCAUGUCAGACAAUUUAAACCUUUCACGUAACUCUGAGCCUGUUGAUUCUUUAUAUAUAAUAUGUCACCAAGAAUUUUUA